AUGUCUUCUCGCAAGACUUUCAGGAUCAAGAGGUUCUUGGGCAAGAAACAAAUGCGGAAUCAGCCCAUUUCCCAAUGGAUUCAAAUAAAAACUGGUAAUAACAUCAGGUAUAACUCCAAGAGGAGACAUUGGGGAAGAACCAAACUGGGUCUAUAA